AUGGAGGAGGAGGAGGGGGAGAAGAGGGAGGAAGCGAAGGACCUGGAGUUCUUCCAGGCCAACCCAGCGUGCCUCGUCUCGUGCUCCCACGACGGUUCCGCCCGUGUCUGGGACAUCAGGGCGGCCGACGCCUCCGCCCGGCGCUUCGCGGUCACGAGCAGCGAGGUGUACAGCUGCUCGGUGGGCCGCGGGGACUCGGCGCUCGCGUGCGCCGCGUCCGAGAAGGUGCACCUCUUCGACGCGGGGCAGGGCAAGCGCCUCUGCGUGUACAAGGAUUGCCACACGGACGUGGUCAACCACGUCAGGUUCCACCCCGUCGACACUUCCAGGCUGCUGACCGGCGCCGAGGACAACCUGGUGGUGCUCCUGGACACCAACCAGCCCAGGGAGGACGAGUCGAUGCUCGGGGUCAUCCCCAACGAGGAGUGCGUGCGCUCGUUCACGCUGGUGGGGCCCGGGCGCGGCACGCUCUGCUGCGUCUCCACCACCGACGACGUCAGGAUAUGGGGCCUCGGCGGGGAGAGCCUGGGGGCGAAGCAGGCCGAGUUCCUCGGCCUGCGGUUCAACGAGCUGCUGGUGCGGGACGACGGGGAGGCCUUCGGCUACGUGGUGGAGACCUUCUACGACGAGCCCUCUGGCAACGUGUUCUUGCUCGCUGGCGCGGGGUGCAGCGGUGAGCUGCUCUUCUUCCGCAUGACCCUGCAGGCGGCGGUCCCCGCCGCAGGCUUCCGGGUCCCCACCAUCAGCGCGCUGCAGGAAGGCGGCCCAUUCGAGGGCCACUCCGGCAUCGUCCGCUCGGCCCUGUGCCUCUCCGGCGGCGUGGUGCUGACAGCGGGCGAGGACGGGCGCGUCUGCGCGUGGUCCGAGGACUCCUCCCUGGAGGCCCAGGACCCGCAGCCCGAGGCCCCGCGGCCGCCGCGCCCGCAGCGCUUCGGCCUGGAGCCCUCGUCGUACGGCGUCUGCCGCGGGAGGGGGGCCGCCGCCCGCGCCGCGCCCUACUGA